AAAGAGUCAGAGGAGACCUCAGACAACAGGCAGCUGAGGUCAUGGCCUCUGACCUUGACUUCUCACCUCCCGAGGUGCCUGAGCCCACCUUCCUAGAGAACCUGCUACGGUAUGGACUCUUCCUGGGGGCCAUCUUCCAGCUCAUCUGUGUGCUAGCCAUCAUUGUGCCUGUUUCCAAGUCCCACGAGGCGGAGGCAGAGCCAUCUGAGCCCAGAAGUGGGGAGGUGAUGAGGAAGCCCAAGGCUGCUGCUCCUUCCGUGAACAAGAGGCCCAAGAAGGAGACCAAGAAGAAGCGGUAGAAGAUAAGGCCUGUGGAGCUGGGCAGAAGGGGCAAGGGCAGCAUCCUGUCCUCCUGCUCUGUCUCACAGGCCCAGGGUCUGAGGUGGCUGAGAUUCCUUCUCAUCAUAGAGAACUGGACGAUCAUGACAAUCCCAGUCCCCAGCUGGGCAGACCACCACUCCCUCUUCCUUCUGCUUCCAUAAUAGUUACGAGCCAAGGGGACUGAAACGCCCUAUGAGCAGACUGUCUUAGAAGUCUGUUCAGAAAUCGGGUCAGCUCACAGAGUUGUUUUCUGACUUAAUCAUAGAGUCCAGCCUUUAGUCACUCCCCUUACGGAUUUACACUACAUUUUAGUCAUUAUCGAAUGCUGACAAGCACUGCCCUCUCCCAUUAUUUGUGCACUGCAGAUCUUCUGCUGAUCAGUCACCUUUGUCUCUGCUUGUACAGAUGAAGCUAAGCCAGGCCAGGCCUCACCUGUUUGUUUAGGUCAAGAUGGUAUGGCCACUGCGAUGUUUAUGGUCCCAUAAGUGAAAUAGCCGGGUCUGAAAGGUGCCUGGUGUGAGAGCCAGUGGAAGACCUGGGCCCCAGCAAUGCCUGGUUUUCCUUUGGCAGUUGGAAGGGAUUUGGUUGAAUGAGUGCGUGUUUCUUGGGUCCAACUUUCUGAGCCUUUGAAAUGGGGGGCUUGUCACCCUCAGACCAACUGCUUUUCAACCCAUCGUAGCACAUUGAAAGUGAGCCUUUUGGCUUUCAUCUCUGCAGCAUCCCACAAAUAUCCCACGUCCCCCAUCUCCCUCCUCCUCACCCCCAUUCUUUCAUCCCCUGACCAGCGAGGAAAGGUGGCAAUAAACUGCUCUGCAUACAAA